GAAGAAGACCAAAUCAUGUCAGGAAGAGGAAAGACCGGGGGCAAAGCCAGAGCGAAAGCUAAGACCCGCUCUUCCCGUGCCGGCCUCCAGUUCCCCGUCGGCCGUGUGCAUAGACUUCUCCGCAAAGGCAACUACGCUCAUCGCGUCGGUGCCGGUGCUCCCGUCUAUCUUGCAGCUGUGCUCGAGUAUCUUACCGCUGAGAUCCUGGAGUUGGCUGGAAACGCUGCCCGCGACAACAAGAAGACCCGCAUCAUCCCCCGUCAUCUGCAGCUGGCCGUCCGCAACGACGAGGAGCUCAACAAACUACUUGGUGGGGUGACCAUCGCCCAGGGCGGUGUGUUGCCCAACAUCCAGGCCGUCCUUCUGCCCAAGAAGACUGAGAAGCCUGCCAAGAAGUAACUUGGAAACAACUUAUUGUAAACUCCAAAGGCUCUUUUAAGAGCCAACCACAUCUUCAUUAAGGGCUAAAUCUUGCUGAAUGGCUGCCCUCAACCAGGACUUCUAAGCGCUACAUUUGUAAUGCAUGUUCUUUAGCCCUAGGGUUACUUAAGCCACUGCUAGUGUUCAAUUAUAGGACUGUGGGGUCUUAAUUUAAUAGGAUGUUGAAAUUAUCUAUUAGAAAAGGAUAUUAAGGACUACUAAAGCUUUAGCGAUUUAG